UGUUCUUUUUAGCUGAAUUGGCUGCACCAAUGACGAAAGAAAUAUCGGUACCCAUUCGAACUGACGUAUAAAAUUCAGCGAUGCACUCGAAUCUUUCAUUCCGAUACGCGAUAGAGCGUUCGGAUCAUCGACUUAUCGCUCUCAGAUAAGAGGUUAGUUCGUUUCGGUUAACUGACCAGGUUGCGUUCGAUUUGGAUACUCAUGCGCUGUAAAGCGUCAGUCUGUCUUUAUUGUUCAUUACAUGCCAGAGGAAAAUAGAAUGACGCUUACUGCGCGCGGCAGUUAAGGCGCGAACGCAGUCCGACAUUCGAUUACUUCCCUCUUACUCGCUCUUGAAUGUGGAACGUAUAUCUGUUUCACUGCAAGUGACAGGAAGUGUUGCUGAUAUUUGCAAACGAGUUGCCGCUGAAUCGUCUAAAAGCAUUCCUCGCAGCUGUAACUUCAAUACUUCAGCAUUAUUGCAUCAGCAGCGGUUCAGUACUGCACGUGUAUGUGAACGGCCGCAUGUGCCAUACCUAUUUAGAAACCUCAGUAUAUCGCAAUUAAGGAUAAAGGAAAAUCAGUAAUAUUGGCAAUAUGUGUGGGAUUUGGGCACUAUUUGGUUUGGACACGGAUCCUUUGACUUGUAUCUGCGAAAAUUUCGACAAAAUAUCGCACCGUGGCCCGGAAGCUUUUAAGAUUGAAUUUGAUAACAGGGUCAAGAAUGGAUAUCUGGGAUUUCAUAGAUUGGCUAUUGUCGACGGUCUGUAUGGAAUGCAGCCAAUGAGAAUUUGCAGGUAUCCUCAUCUCUUUCUUCUGUCCAAUGGGGAGUUAUACAACUGGAAGAAAAUAGGAAAACAAUAUGACUUUGAAUACACUACUAAAUGCGAUGUCGAGGUCAUUAUGCAUUUAUACGCUCACGGUGGUGCCGAUAAAGUAGCUCGAUCCUUGGACGGUGUAUUUGCAUUUUGCUUAAUGGAUGUUGACAAAAGAAGAGUUCUAAUUGGCAGAGAUCCGUACGGUGUAAGGCCGCUAUUUAGAUUACGUUCGGAUGAUGGCCAAUUAGCCAUUUGUUCAGAGAGCAAGGGUUUAAUGGCAAUAUCAAAACGCAUAAAUGGCAAAUCGGUUCUAGAACCAUUCCCUCCCGGUCAUUAUGAAGAAUAUGAAAUUUUAAAUGACGGUCGAACCAAGUUUUUGAAAUGCGUCAAUUAUCAUAAACCUGGCGACAAACCUUCCUUUCAAGUGCAUACUCCUUGGGUUGCUUUGAACCCGAAAGAUAUUUAUGGCAAUAUUCAAAAGUUACUUUCGGCAGCUGUGGAAAAACGACUAAUGGGCGACAGACGAAUAGGGUGUCUACUAUCAGGUGGGCUAGAUUCUAGUUUAAUCGCAGCUUUACUGAUGAAGCAAGCAAAAGAACAUAAUCUACCGUACAAAAUACAAAGUUUUGCGAUAGGUAUGGGAGACAGUCCAGAUAUCAUUGCUGCCAGACAGGUCGCAGAAUACAUCGGGACUGAACAUCAUGAAAUUAUUUUUACACAGCAGGAUGUAAUUGAUGUAUUGGACAUAGUUAUUUAUUCUCUAGAGACAUACGACAUCACUACCAUCCGAGCCUCGAUUGGAAUGUACAUCCUCUCGAGAUACAUAAAGCGAAAUACGGAGACAACUGUGAUCUUCAGUGGGGAAGGUGCAGAUGAAUUAGCCCAAGGCUACAUCUACUUCAGAGACGCGCCUAAUGCAGCGGACGCACACAACGAAUCUCUUCGAUUGUUAAAGGAUAUUUAUUUAUACGAUGGUUUGAGAGCAGAUAGAACGACCAGUGCUUUUAGUUUAGAGCUCAGAGUUCCAUUCUUGGAUCUUCAGUUCACCAAUUAUUAUUUAUCGUUGGAUUCUGGAAGUAGACAGCCCCAAGAUGGAAUCGAAAAACACUUGUUAAGAUCUGCAUUUGAUGGAACUGGUUUACUACCUGCCAAUAUACUUUGGAGACAUAAGGAAGCUUUCAGCGAUGGCGUCGCUUCCAUUAAGAAAUCUUUGUUCCAAAUAAUCCAGGAAAUCGUAGAGGAUCGUGUUCAGGAUAAAGAUCUGGAAGAAGCUUGCGUUAAAUAUCCUCAUUGCACACCAAAGACAAAGGAAGCGCUCUAUUAUAGAAAUGUUUUCGAGUCACAUUAUGAAGGACAGGCGGAAAGUUUUACGCCCUACUUCUGGAUGCCACGCUGGGUGAAGGGUGUCACCGACCCAUCUGCAAGAUUUAUUACUCACUAUGCCGCCAACUCCGAUAAGAAAAUCGGAAAAAAAGCGGCUUAGUAAAUAGAUACUGGGUAUAUACACACAUGCACCGCAAGAUCUGCUUUAUUAGAAAAUAGAUAAAAUUGCCUUAUAAAUAUGUUGGGUAUUUCAUAAAUAUUCGCUCGAUAUUUGUGCAUGUUUGUAAUAUAAGAUAAACGAAUGUUUUCACAAGGUA